GAGAGAGAGAGAGAGAGAGAGAGAGAGAGAGAGAGAGAGAGAGAUGCGAGGAAUGUGGCGAUAAUGAGAAAACGGAGCGCUUCUUGAACGCAACGCAGGAGCAGCCAGGGGAAAAAAACGGAACAGAAUAGUUUGCGUGGAGAAAUCUAAAGAAAGACCGACGCCCCAGCAAACGCGCAUGGAAAGGAUUGCUAUUAGGCGCUAUUGGCAGAGCCGUGCGGGGAUUUUCUGACGCUCCCCAUGCGGAGAUUUGAGUUGCGUCUUCGUCUCGGCUCGGAUGAACCAUGCAGAGGCUGCUGCAGCUUGUCCUGAGUCUGGUGCUCACUUCUCACACCGUGUGGACGGCCCGGUUCUCUCAGGAGCCAGCAGAUCAGUCGGUGGUUCUGGGCCAAAGAGUUGUUCUGUCCUGCGUGGUCUUCAAUUACUCAGGCAUUGUGCAGUGGACCAAGGAUGGGCUGGCUUUAGGCAUUGGAGAAGACCUUAGAGCUUGGCCGAGGUACCGAGUGCUGCGUCUGGUGGAUGUUGGGCAGUACAAUUUGGAGAUCUCAUCAGCUGAACUCUCAGAUGACUCUCUCUAUGAGUGCCAGGCUACAGAAGCUGCCCUGCGCUCCCGCAGAGCCAAACUCACCGUACUCAUUCCCCCUGAUGAGCCGGUUAUUGAGGGUUCCCCAGAGAUCCUUCUCAUUGCAGGGGAUUCUCACAACUUGAGUUGUGUGUCACGUGGAGCCAAACCCCCUGCAAUUAUAGAAUGGCAAAAAGACGGGCUGCCUGUAGAGGGGGCAGUCAGCACAACGGAGGUGCUACCUGAUAGGAAGCGAGUCACCACUCACAGUUUCCUGCCUGUUGUCCCAGUGGACACUGACACAGGAAAGAACUUCACAUGUGUGGCCACCAACCAGGCCGUACCCUUUGGAAAACGCACCACUAUCACAUUAAAUGUGCACCAUCCUCCUGUGGUGGUGUUAUCCAUUGAACCACGUUCGGUUCUGGAAGGAGAGAGAGUGACGUUCACCUGCCAAGCCACUGCCAACCCCCCUGUUAUGGGCUACAAAUGGGCUAAGGGCGGCGUGAUCAUCCAGGGUGCGAGAGAGCGUGUGUUUGUCACUAAAGCUGACCACUCUUUCUUCACCGAGCCUGUUUCUUGCCUAGUGUUCAACGCCGUGGGGAGCACCAACGUCAGCAUACUGGUGGACGUCCACUUUGGUCCUAUCUUGGUGGUCGAGCCAAAGCCAGUGACAGUGGACAUGGAUUCUGAUGUCACGUUGAACUGUAAGUGGGCAGGCAAUCCCCCUCUCACCCUCACAUGGACAAAGAAGGGGUCCAGCAUGGUGCUGAGUAACAAUAACCAGCUGUAUUUGAAGUCAGUGAGCCAGGCCGAUGCUGGCCAAUAUGUGUGCAAGGCCAUAGUGCCCAGGAUCGGGGUAGGAGAGACAGAGGUCGCUCUCACUGUCAAUGGUCCUCCCAUUAUAUCCAGCGAGCCAGUCCAGUACGCAGUCAGAGGAGAGAGAGGCGAAGUGAAGUGUUACAUCGCCAGCACUCCUCCACCGGACAAGAUUGUGUGGGCAUGGAAGGAGAACGUGUGGGACAAAGAGAAAGGUACUCUACCAGAACGCUACACGGUGGAGCAGAGUAAGCCAUCUUCUGAUGGAGGUGCAGUGCUGUCUACACUCACAAUCAACAAUGUCAUGGAGUCCGACUUCCAGUCCACCUACAACUGCACGGCCUGGAACGCAUUCGGCCCGGGAACCAUGAUCAUCGCUCUGGAAGAGACUGAAAUCGUUCCAGUUGGUAUCAUUGCUGGCAGCACUGUACUCUGCUCCAUUCUGCUAGUGCUCUGUCUGCUGGCAUUAUUCCUCUUCUUAUAUCGUCAACGUAAAGGAAGUCGCCGAGGGGUCACGCUCGGUAAGCCAGACAUCAAGGUGGAGACAAUAAACAAAGAAACCCACAGCUUAGAGGAAGACUCAGCCAGCGUCUCCACAGCAAGCCGCAUGGUCAAGGCUAUGUACUCGUUUUUGCCCUCUGUGACCCUUUCUCCCUCCUCUCAGCCUUUUAAAGAUGACAUUGAUAUCAAACCAGACCUACGCAGUGACACCUUGGACACACGUCAGGACUAUGACAUCAAGGACCCAACAAACGGCUAUUACAACGUGCGAGCCUCCACCCAUGAUGAAGGUCGUCCUGCGUCCCGCUCCAUGCACUACUCUGACUAUCGGACCUCUACUGCACCAGGCCCGUCUGCAGCUGUUGGUGGUAGCUCGGGCACAGGAGCUACAGCAGGUCCUGGAACACCAAGCAGCUUGGCUCCUGGCUCACGAGCCGGCUGCUACGACCCUCGACCUCCUUCCAGACUCAGCUAUGCCCAGUUCAACACCUUCAGCAGACCAAGUCAGUCUCAGCAGCCUCCGCCCAGCUCCGGGCCUCAGACAGGCGACUUUCCAGCUGAAUGCAGUCUCCUAGAUUCGCCACCACAGUUACCAUAUGAGAACUACAGCUACCCAUCGCACUACCCCACGUAUCGUCUCGGCUUUGCUCCUCCCAGCCUCGCUCCAUUAGAAAGCGGAGCAGCGUACGAGAUGUAUAGCGUGGGACCAAGCGUAAGUGUCGGAGGCACUGCCGCCACCCCGGACAGCGGACUCGGGAAGUACGGUAGUUCCACGCGCUUUUCCUACACCUCGCAGCAUUCUGACUAUUCCCACCGACACACACAGAGGAUGCAGACGCAUGUGUGAAGGAGGAGCGAAAGGUCACAUUGCGCUGCUCUUCUGCACUUCAUCAGACACACUUGACCACAGACACAAACACACACAGGAGGAAGUUGUAAAGAAAGUGAGAAUGAGCGAUGGGAAUCAGAUCAGAAAGCACAGUAGAAAGAGUGGGAGGGAAAUCGAGAGGUGAGGGAAUUCUCUUUUCAGCUUUUUUUCUGCUUAUUUCCUCAGCUCAAGGAGCUGUUGGCAAAAGUCACAAUCAAUGAUAAACGUAGCAUUCAUGAAGGAUCUAAACUCUUCGAAGCGCUGACUUGUAUAGGUGUGAAUAUCUUGGAGUUAGCAUGACCACAGAAGUUGGUCAUGGAAGACUUUUGUAUGAAAUGUUGUUAAUGGCUUCUUCAACUCGUCUCCACACCUUUACAAAGCGUCAUAUACGAAAGCAAUAUAACAGAGAUUACAGCUACAGUAGACUCACAGUGGUUCAAUUAUGAUUCCUGAAACAGCCUUGCAGACUUUUAUUAGUUCCUCACAUCCAGCCAUGAGCAAAGCACCAAACUAAGCACAGCACUAUAUGACCAUAUAUCCUUGGCUACCAAAGCAUUAGGGGUGUAACGAUACGCAAAUCACAUUCAAUAUGAAGCUUUUCAUUCGAACAGGCUGAAACAUGAAGUAUGCUAUUUGGCAUUAAAUAAUGCUUAUGUUAUUUAGUCCGACACACUUCCUUAUUAAUAAAAAAAAAAGCUUCAUCUUUAU